ACUAAACAUGUUUGCCUUGGUACCGUUUUGGUACUGCAAGAUUUAUUAGUUGUGAAUCCAGUUAAAUAAAAAAGCUUCAAAUAUUACUGUGACGAUGAUCUGAACCGACAGUACAGUUGACGUUGGAGGACGUUUCUCCCAGAAUGCAAUUCCUCCUUCACCUGUUUCACUUUCACUCUUGCGAACUCGACUGGUGCUCGACGUGGAGACGACGCGGUGAGGGGAUCCUCUGCGUACAUCGUCACCAUGUUGGAGACUCCUCUCCUGCUGCUGCUGCUGUUCCUUCACUUUCCUCCCUCAUCUGGAGCGCAGCUGCCCAACCAGGGCCAAGCCAAAGACCCCCCCAUAGCCACCAACGGCCAGCCCUUCCCCUGGGGCAGCAUGCGACUUCCCAAGACCAUCUUCCCCCUCCACUACGACCUCAACAUCCACCCCAACCUGACCACCCUCGACUUCACCGGCGUCGUCCGCAUCGAGCUGGACGUGCUCGAGGACACCGGCGUGAUCGUCCUCCACGCCAAGCAGAUGCAGAUAUCCGGCGCGCUGCUUCUGGCGCCCGAGGGCGCGAGGCCUCUCCGGGUGCUGGAGUAUCCUCGCUUCCAUCAGCUCGCCCUGCUGUCGGACUCGGUGCUGACCAAAGGGAGGAAGUAUGAGGUUCAGCUGGAGUUUGCUGCCAACUUGUCGGACAGCUAUCACGGUUUCUACAAGAGCAGCUACCGCACCAGCAGUGGGGAAGUACGGAUUCUGGCGUCGACCCAGUUUGAAGCAACGUUUGCCCGCGGAGCCUUCCCCUGUUUCGACGAGCCUGCUUUCAAAGCCAACUUCACCAUACGGCUCAUACGAGAGCCGCGUCACAUAGCCAUAUCCAACAUGCCCAAGGUUAAAACGGUGGAGUUGCCGGGCGGUUUGCUCGAGGAUCACUUUGGCGCCACUGUAAAGAUGAGCACUUACCUGGUGGCCUACAUUGUGUCGGACUUCCUGUCCGUGAGCAAGACCACCCAGCACGGCAUCAAGAUUUCCAUCUACGCUGUACCCGAGAAGAUCGACCAGACGGCCUUCGCUCUGGAUGCUGCUGUCAAGCUGCUGGACUUCUACGACGACUACUUUGACAUUCCCUACCCGCUUCCCAAACAGGACCUGGCUGCUAUCCCCGACUUCCAGUCAGGUGCGAUGGAGAACUGGGGGCUGACCACCUACAGGGAGACGGGCCUCCUCUUCGACGCCGACAAGUCCUCGGCUUCGGACAAACUGGGCAUCACCAAGGUCAUCGCCCACGAGCUCGCACACCAGUGGUUUGGCAAUCUGGUGACGAUGGAGUGGUGGAAUGACCUGUGGCUCAACGAGGGUUUUGCCAAGUUCAUGGAGUUCAUUUCUGUCGACGCCACCUACCCCGAGCUGCAUGUGGAUGACUUCUUCUUGGGGAAGUGUUUUGAGGCCAUGGAGGUCGACUCCCUCAGCUCCUCACACCCGGUCUCCACCCCCGUGGAAAACCCCAUGCAGAUCCAGGAGAUGUUCGACGACGUGUCCUACGACAAGGGAGCAUGUAUUCUGAAUAUGCUGAGGGACUUCCUGACUCCAGAGGCCUUUGAGAUUGGCAUCAUCAAAUACCUCAAACGCUACAGCUACCAAAACACUGUCAACAGCCACCUGUGGGAGAGCCUGACGGAUAUCUGCAACUCAGAUGAUCUGGACGAAGGCCGAAUGAAACACAGAGAAUUCUGCUCCAAGCGCAACCUCCCCUCUGGAGCCUCCAAGUGGUACUCUGGUGAUGAGCUGGAUGUCAGGGCCAUCAUGGACACGUGGACACUGCAGGAGGGCUUCCCGCUGGUCACUGUAGAGGUCAGAGGUCGCGAGGUCCGGCUCAGUCAGGAGCGUUACCUGAAGACAGACGACCCCUCCCUCACUGAAGGUUUCCUUUGGCAGAUUCCACUGACGUAUGUGACCAGCGCCUCCAACACCCUCCACCGCUUCCUGCUUAAAACCAAGACUGACGUCCUGCACCUGCCGGAGGAGGUCGACUGGGUCAAGUUCAAUGUGGACAUGAGCGGCUACUACAUGGUCCACUACGCGGGCGAGGGGUGGAACUCCGUCAUCAGACUGCUGCAGCACAACCACACGGCCCUGACCAGCAACGAUCGCGCCAGCCUCAUCCACAACGUCUUCCAGCUAGUCAGCGUGGGGAAGGUGAGGCUAGACACGGCCCUGGAGCUGUCUCUCUACCUGUCCAGGGAGACCGAGGUCAUGGCCGUCACUCAGGGCUUCGGGGAGCUCGUGCCUCUCUACAAGCUGAUGGAGAAGAGGGACAUGGCUGCUCUGGAGAACCAGAUGAAGGGCUUCAUUGUGGAUCUGUUCCGGGGCCUGAUAGAUCGGCAGGAGUGGACAGACUCUGGAUCGGUGUCUGAGCGAGUACUCAGGAGCUACCUGCUGGUGUUUGCCUGUGUCAGGAACUACGCUCCCUGUGUGACCAAAGCCACCCAGCUCUUUAACAAGUGGAAGGACUCCGAUGGCAACAUGAGCCUCCCCGUCGACGUCACGAUGGCUGUGUUUGUGAUUGGAGCUCGAACCCCAGAGGGGUGGGACUUCCUGUUGGAGAAGUACCGCAGCUCGAUGCAAAUGUCUUUGAAGAGCCGCCUGAAAUCCGCCAUGGCCGUCAGCCCGCUGCAGGACAAGCUCAAGUGGAUGAUGGAGCAGAGCCUCACCGGCGAAGUGAUGAAGACCCAGGAUCUGCCGGACGUGGUCGUCUAUGUCAGCAAGAACCCCCGCGGCUACAAACUGGCCUGGGACUUCUUCCGGGCCAACUGGCACACCUUCGUCAAGAAGUUCGACCUCGGCUCCAGCACCAUGUCAUACAUGGUGACCGGGGUGACCAACCAGUACUCUACCAGGGAGAUGCUGGAUGAGGUGAGAAGCUUUUUCGGCUCCCUGACGGAGGAGAUGGGCUCCGAGAUGAGGUGUAUCAAGCAGACCUACGAGAGCAUCGAGGACAACAUCCGCUGGAUGGACGCCAACCUUCCUCUGCUGCAGGCCUGGCUGCACAGACGCAGCAACAAAUUGUCUCAUGAGGAUUUAUAGCACCGGGGGACGCAAAACAUCUGGUGUGGUUAGUUGUGUUGCUUAACGGAAGUGUGGGUCUCGUGUGGACGCUUAUAUUUGACUACAACUAUGAAAAAGACUUUGCUACUUCUCAACUUUGACUUGAACAGCAAAAGUCUCCUGACUCACUCUGACAUUUUCCGUAAAUUUGACCAGCCAAAUUUCGGAAAAAUGUCCCUAACAACAUUUGCGGACAUUUGCAUCCUUACAAACCUACUCGCGUCCGGAAAAGUUCUUCAGCCCUAGACAGUAAUUUUUUCACUUUAGCCCCAUAAAAUAUUACAAUUUCAGAAGGUAAAUAUCUUUCUGUUCCCAGAUCUGCAAGUGUUUCCUCAGUCUGUGAAAGUAGCCCCAAGGAGUUUAUGUGUGUAUAUAUAUAUAUAUAUAUAUAUAUAUAUAUAUAUAUAUAUAAUUUUUUUUACGAGAUAUAUAUUAUACAAGAUUUUGUAUAUAUAGAGAUGUGUGUAUAUUGACAUCCCGAGCAGAAAAUGAUGUCACUCCUUGUGUGCGUGUGUCCCUCCAGUGAAUCCGUUGGCCCUCCUCAUAUUUAUGAAGCGAGAUGACAAAGUCCAAUAGGAAGCAUUCACGUCAAAGCGUCCUUCCAAAAUUUCCUCCACUGGUUUAUUUGGUUUAAAAUGAUGGAAGAAAAUACCAGAGUCAAUAUUUGGUCUGGCUUUUCCGAGGUGGAGAAGCCACGAAGCAUUUGUGUUUUGUUCUGACAAGACGCUGGUGCCAGUGUGACAUCUAGUGCCAAAGUGAAUAUCUUGUUUGUAACCGAUAAAUAAUUUCUGUAUGUGAGAGGUCUGAGGAAGCACUGUAAGUUUCUUGAGGAACCGUCAGGGCUCAAUUGUUGUUGUGAUUCUAAGAAAAAGUAUAAUUGGUUUAGUUUUGUUUUUCCCAUUGAAAAUUAUGUGCAAUAGAAUAUUUCUAUUUUUGAGCUUGCUGUGUGUAUGUCUUUAUUUCACUUAGUGUGUGUGUGUGCGUGCACCUGUGAGCUUUUAACUUAAAUUUGAAGACGUUCAAAGAUGUUUUCGUGUUGGCGUUAAUAUUGUACUGUUUUGUGAAAUUACUUUGUGAAUGUUGCACAAAAUUAAUAUACUGCACGACAUAGGAUAUUUGAUUUUUUUUUCUCCAUAAUUAUUUUUGGCACCUUCCCGUCUCCUUCUCAUAAGAAAAAAAACAAACAAAACAAAAAAUAGGAUUGUACAUGUCUGCUAAAGAAAUGCCUGUUCACAACACUGAUUCCAGUGCCUUUGAAUUACAAUUGUGAUAAAACUCAAUAUCACUCCGCUGUACGAAAUUAUGUGAAAGAUAUUUAGCUUUAUUUAAAUUCACCUACAGCUGAACACAAGAAAAUGCACUAUUAGGAAUAUGUCGUUACAAAAAGACCUUUUUAAAAUUCCACAGAGUCUGAAUGUGUAAAAUGGCUCUUGUUUUAUUUUUUCUAUGGUUGAAUCAGAUUUUGGACCAAUAAAGUUUAAAAAUUCCCUUCA